AUGUCCAUCACCCCGCCCAAUUCUCCCGCUUUCCAUCACCCCGCCCCAUUCUCCCGCUUUCCAUCACCCCGCCCCUUUCUCCCCCUGUCCAUCACCCCGCCCCAUUCUCCCGCUUUCCAUCACCCCACCCCAUUCUCCCGCUUACCAUUACCCCGCCCCAUUCCCCCUCCUUCCAUCAUCCUGCCCUAUUCUCCCUCCUUCCAUCACCCUGCCCCAUUCUCCCGCUUUCUAUCACCCCGCCCCAUUCUCCCACUUUCCAUCACCCGGCCCCGUUCUCCCGCUUUCCAUCAUCCUGCCCCAUUCUCCAGCUUUCCAUCACCCCGCCCUAUUCUCCCUCCUUCCAUCACCCAGCCUCAUUCUCCCACUUUCCAUCACCCCGCCCCAUUCUCCCACUUUCCAUCACUACGCCCCAUUUCCCCGAUUUCCAUCACCCCGCCCCAUUCUCCCACUUUCCAUGACCCCGCCCCAUUCUCCCACCUUCCAUCACCCCGCCCCAUUCUCCUGCUUUCCAUCACCUCGCCCCAUUCUCCGGCUUUCCAUCAUCCCGCCCCAUUCUCCCGCUUUCCAUCACCCCACCCCAUUCUCCCGCUUUCCAUCACCCCACCCCAUUCUCCCUUCUUUCAUCACCCCGCCCCAUUCUCCCUCCUUCCAUCACCCCGCCCCAUUCUCCCUCCUUCCAUCACCCUGCCCCGUUCUCCCGUUUUCCAUCACCCCACCCCAUUCUCCCGCUUUCCAUCACCCCGCCCCAUUCUCCCUAUUCUCUCGCUUUCCAUCACCGAGCCCAAAUCUCCCGCUUUCCAUCACCCCGCCCCAUUCUCCCGCUUUCCAUCACCUCGCCCCAUUCUCCCACCUUCCAUCACCCCGCCCCAUUCUCCUGCUUUCCAUCAUCCCGCCCCAUUCUCCCGCUUCCCAUCACCCUGCCCCAUUCUCCCGCUUUCUACACCCCGCCCCAUUCUCCCGCUUUCCAUCACCCCGCCCCAUUCUCCCGCUUUCCAUCACCCCGCCCCAUUCUCCCGCUUUCCAUCACCCCACCCCAUUCCCCCUCCUUCCAUCACCCUGCCCCAUUCUCCCUCCUUCCAUCACCCCACCCCAUUCUCCCGCUUUCCAUCACCCCGCCCCGUUCUCCCGCUUUCCAUCACCCCACCCCGUUCUCCCUCAUUCCAUAACCCCGCCCCAUUCUCCCUCCUUCCAUCACCCUGCCCCAUUCCCCGCUUUCCAUCACCCCGCCCCAUUCUCCAUAUUCCAUCACCCCGCCCCAUUCUCCUGCUUUUUAUCACCCCGUCCCGUUCUCCCGCUUUCCAUCACCCUUCCCCAUUCUCCCACCUUCCAUCACCCCGCUCCAUUCUCCUGCUUUCCAUCACCCCGCCCCAUUCUCCCACUUUCCAUCACCCCGCCCCAUUCUCCCGCUUUCCAUCAUCCCGCCCCAUACUGCCGCUUUCCAUCACCCCGCCCCAUUCUCCCGCUUUCCAUCACCCCGCCCCAGUCUCCCGCUUUCCAUCACCCCACCCCAUUCUCCCUCCUUCCAUCACCCCGCACCAUUCUCCCUCCUUCCAUCACCCCGCCCCAUUCUCCCUCCUUCCAUCACCCUGCCCCAUUCUCCCGCCUUCCAUCACCCCACCCCAUUCUCCCGCUUUCCAUCACCCCACCCAAUUCUCCCCAUUCUCCCGCUUUCCAUCACCCCACCCGAAUCUCCCGCUUUCCAUCACCCCGCCUCAUUCUCACGCUGUCCAUCACCUCGCCCCAUUCUCCCUCCUUCCAUCACCCCGCCCCAUUCUCCCGCUUUCCAUCACCCCACCCCAUUCUCCCACUUUCCAUCACCCCGCCCCAUUCUCCCGCUUUCCAUCACCCCGCCCUGUUCUCCCACUUUCCAUCACCCCGCCCCAUUCUCCCACUUUCCAUCACCCCGCCCCAUUCUCCCGCUUUCCAUCACCCCGCCCCAUUCUCCCGCUUUCCAUCACCCCGCCCCAUUCUCCUGCAUUCCAUCACCCCGCCCCAUUCUCCCGCUUUCCAUCACCCCACCCCAUUCUCCCUCCUUCCAUCACCCCGCCCCAUUCUCCCUCCUUCCAUCACCCUGCCCCAUUCUCUUGCUUUCCAUCACCCCGACCCAUUCUCCCUCCUUCCAUCACCCCGCCCCAUUCUCCCGCUUUCCAUCACCCCGCCCCAUUCUCCCGCUUUCCAUCACCCCGCCCCAUUCUUCCGCUUUCCAUCACCCCACCCCAUUCUCCCUCCUUCCAUCACCCCGCCCCAUUCUCCCUCCUUCCAUCACCCCGCCCCAUUCUCUUGCUUUCCAUCACCCCGCCCCGUUCUCCCGCUUUCCAUCACCCCGCCCCGUUCUCCCUCAUUCCAUCACCCCACCCCAGUCUCCCUCCUUCCAUCACCCUCCCCCAUUCCCCCGCUUUCCAUCACCUCGCCCCAUUCUCCUGCUUUUUAUCACCCCGUCCCAUUCUCCCGCUUUCCAUCACCCCGCCCCAUUCUCCCUCCUUCCAUCACCCCGCCCCAUUCAACAUCAUUCCAUCACGCAUCACGCCGCCCCAUUCUCCCUCUUUCCAUCACCCCGCCCAAUUCUCACGCUUUGCUUCACCCCACCCCAUUCUCCCGCUUUCCAUCACCCCGCCCCAUUCUCCCGCUUUCCAUCACCCCGCCCCAUUCUCCCGCUUUCGGUCACCCCGCCCCAUUCUCCCUCCUUCCAUCACCCCGCCCCAUUCUCCCGCUUUCCAUCAACCCGCCCCAUUCUCCCUCCUUCCAUCAUGCCGCCCCAUUCUCCCGCUUACCAUCACCCUGCCCAAUUCUCCCGCUUUCCAUCACCCUGCCCAAUUCUCCCGCUUUCCAUCACUUUGCCCCAUUCUCCCGCUUUCCAUCACCCUGACCCAUUCUCCUGCUUUCCAUCACCCCAGCCCAUUCUCCCGCUUUCAAUCACCCCGCCCCAUUCUCCCGCUUUCAAUCACCCCGCCCCAUUCCCCCGCUUUCCAUCACCCCGCCCCAUUCUCCCGCUUUCCAUCACCCUGCUCCAUUCUCCCGCUUUCCAUCACCCCGACCCAUUUUCCUGCUUUCCAUCACCCCAGCCCAUUCUCCCGCUUGGAAUCACCCCGCCCCAUUCUCCCGCUUUCCUUCACCCCGCCCCAUUCUCCCGCUUUCCAUCACCCCGCCCCAGUCUCCCUCCUUCCAUCACCCCGCCCCAUUCUCCCGUUUUCCAUCAACCCGCCCCAUUAUCCCGCUUUCCAGCACCCCACCCCAUUCUCCCGCUUUCCAUUACCCCACCCCAUUCUCCUUCCUUCCAUCACCCCGCCCCAUUGUCCCUCCUUCCAUCACCCCGCCCCAUUCUCCCGUUUUCCAUCACCCCGCCCCAUACUCCCUCCUUCCAUCACCCCGCCCCAUUCUCCCGCUUUCCAUCAACCCGCCCCAUUAUCCCUCCUUCCAUCACCCCGCCCCAUUCUCCCACCUUCCAUCACGCCGCCCCAAUCUCCUGCUUUCCAUUACCCCGCCCAAUUCUCCCGCUUUCCAUCACCCCUCCUUAUUCUCCCGCUUUCCAUCACCCCUCCCCAUUCUCCCGCCUUCCGUCACCCCGCCCCAUUCUCCUACUUUCCAUCACCCCGGCCCAUUCUCCCUCCUUCCAUCAUCCGGCCCCAUUCUCCCUCCUUCCAUCACCCCGCCCCAUACUCCCUCCUUCCAUCACCCUGCCCCAUUCUCCCGCUUUCCAUCACCCUACCCCAUUUUCCUGCUUUCCAUCACCCUGUGCCAUUCUCCCUUUUUCCAUCACUUAGCACCAUUUUCCCGCAUUCCAUCACCCCACCCCAUUCUCCCGCUUUCCAUCACCCUACCCAAUUCUCCCGCUUUCCAUCACCCCGCCCCAUGUUCCGGCUUUCCAUCACCGUGCCCCAUUCUCCCGCUUUCCAUCACCCUGACCCAUUCUCCUGCUUUCCAUCACCCCAGCCCAUUCUCCCGCUCUCCAUCACCCCGCCCCAUUCUCCCGCUUUCCAUCACCCCGCCCCAUUCCCCCGCUUUCCAUCACCCCGCCCCAUUCUCCCGCUUUCCAUCACCCUGCCCCAUUCUCCCGCUUUCCAUCACCCUGACCCAUUUUCCUGCUUUCCAUCACCCCAGCCCAUUCUCUCGCUGUCAAUCACCCCGCCCCAUUCUCCCGCUUUCCUUCACCCCGCCCCAUUCUCCCGCUUUCCAUCACCCCGCCCAGUCUCCCUCCUUCCAUCACCCCGCCCCAUUCUCCCGUUUUCCAUCACCCCGCCCCAUUCUCCCGCUUUCCAGCACCCCACCCCAUUCUCCCGCUUUCCAUCACCCCACCCCAUUCUCCUUCCUUCCAUCACCCCGCCCCAUUGUCCCUCCUUCUAUCACCCCGCCCCAUUCUCCCAUUUUCCAUCACCCCGCCCCAUACUCCCUCCUUCGAUCACCCCGCCCCAUUCUCCCGCUUUCCAUCAACCCGCCCCAUUAUCCCUCCUUCCAUCACCCCGCCCCAUUCUCCCACCUUCCAUCACGCCGCCCCAUUCUCCCGCUUUCCAUCACACUGCCCAAUUCUCCCGCUUUCCAUCACCCCUCCUUAUUCUCCCGCUUUCUAUCACCCCGCCCCAUUCUCCCGCCUUCCGUCACCCCGCCCCAUUCUUCUGCUUUCCAUCACCCCGGCCCAUUCUCCCUCCUUCUAUCAUCCGGCCCCAUUCUCCCUCCUUCCAUCACCCCCCCCCAUACUCCCUCCUUCCAUCACCCUGUCCCAUUCUCCUGCUUUCCAUCACCCUGCCCCAUUGUCCUGCUUUCCAUCACCCUCUGCCAUUCUCCCGCUUUCCAUCACUUAGCACCAUUCUCCCACUCUCCAAAGCCCUGACCCAUUCUCCCGCUUUCCAUCACCCCACCACAUUCUCCCUCUAUCCAUCACCCCGCCCCAUUCUCCCUCCUUCCAUCACCCCACCCCAUUCUCCCGCUUUCCAUCACCCCGCCUCAUUCUCCCGCUUUCCAUCACCCCGCCCCAUUCUCCCGCUUUCCAUCACCCCGCCCCAUUCUCCCGCUUUCCAUAACCCCGCCCGAUUCGCCCGCUUUCCAUCACCCCGCCCCAUUCUCCCGCUUUCGAUCACCCCGCCCCAUUCUCCCUCCUUCCAUCACCCCGCCCCAUUCUCCCUCCUUCCAUCGUCCCGCCCCAUUCUCCCGCUUUCAAUAACCCCACCCCGUUCUCCCGCUUUCCAUCACCCCUUCCGAUUCUCCCGCUUUCCAUCUCUCCGCCCCAUUCUCCCGCUUUCCAUCACCCCGCCCCCAUUCUCCCGCUUUCCAUCACCCCGCCUCAUUCUCGCGCUUUCCAUCACCCGCCCCAUUCUCCCGCUCUCCAUCACCCCGCCCCAUUCUCCCGCUUUCCAUCACCCCGCCCCAUUCCCCCGCUUUCUAUCACCCCGCCCCAUUCUCCCGCUUUCCAUCACCCCGCCCCAUUCUCCCGCCCCAUUCUCCCGCUUUGAAUCACCCCGCCCCAUUCUCCCGCUUUCCUUCACCCCGCCCCAUUCUCCCGCUUUCCAUCACCCCGCCCAGUCUCCCUCCUUCCAUCACCCCACCCCAUUCUCCCGUUUUCCAUCACCCCGCCCCAUUCUCCCACUUUCCAGCACCCCACCCCAUUCUCCUGCUUUCCAUCACCCCACCCCAUUCUCCUUCCUUCCAUCACCCCGCCCCAUUGCCCCUCCUUCCAUCACCCCGCCCCAUUCUCCCGUUUUCCAUCACCCCGCCCCAUUCUCCCUCCUUCCAUCACACCGCCCCAUUCUCUCGCUUUCCAUCAACCCGCCCCAUUAUCCCUCCUUCCAUCACCCCGCCCCAUUCUUCCACCUUCCAUCACGCCGCCCCAUUCUCCCGCUUUCCAUCACCCCGCCCAAUUCUCCUGCUUUCUAUCACCCCUCCUUAUUCUCCCGCUUUCCAUCACCCGGCCCCAUUCUCCCGCCUUCCGUCACCCCGCCCCAUUCUCCUGACUCCCUCCUUCCAUCACCCUGCCCCAUUCUCCCGCUUUCCAUCACCCUGCCCCAUUGUCCUGCUUUCCAUCACCCUGUGCCAUUCUCCCGCUUUCCAUCACUUAGCACCAUUCUCCCACUCUCCAAAACCCCGACCCAUUCUCCCGCUUUCGAUCACCCCGCCGCAUUCUCCCUCCUUCCAUCACCCUACCCCAUUCUCCCUCCUUCCAUCACCCCACCCCAUAAUCCCGCUUUCCAUCAUCCCGCCCCAUUCUCCCGCUUUCCAUCACCCCGCCUCAUUCUCCCGCUUUCCAUCACCCCGCCCCAUUCUCCCGCUUUCCAUCACCCCGCCCCAUUCUCCCGCUUUCCAUCACCCCGGCCCAUUCUCCAGCUUUCCAAAACCCCGCCCCAUUCGCCCGCUUUCCAUCACCCCGCCCCAUUCUCCCGCUUUCCAUCACCCCGCCCCAUUCUCCCUCCUUCCAUCACCCCGCCCCAUUCUCCCUCCCAUCACCCCGCCCCAUUCUCCCUCCCAUCACCCCGCCCCAUUCUCCCGCUUUCCAUAACCCCACCCCGUUCUCCCGCUUUCCAUCACCCCUUCCCAUUCUCCUGCUUUCCAUCUCUCCGCCCCAUUCUCCCACUUUCCAUCACCUCGCCCCCAUUCUCCAGCUUUCCAUCACCCCGCCUCAUUCUCGCGCUUUCCAUCACCCGCCCCAUUCUCCCUCUUUCCAUCACCUCGCCCCAUUCUCCCACUUUCCGUUACCCCGCCGCAUUCUCCCGCUUUCCAUCAUUUUGGCCCAUUCUCCCGCUUUCCAUCACCCCGCCCCAUUCUUCCGCUUUUCAUCACCCCACCCCAUUCUCCCGCUUUCCAUCACCCCGCCCCAUUCUCCCGCUUUCCAUCAACCCGCCCCAUUCUCCCGCUUUCCAUAACCCCACCCCAAUCUCCAGCUUUCCAUCACCCCGCCCCAUUCUCCCACUUUCCAAAACCCUGCCCCAUUCUCCCUCCUUCCAUCACCUCUGCCCAUUCUCCCUCCUUCCAUCACCCCGCCCCAUUCUCCCGCUUUCCAUAACCCCACCCCAAUCUCCCGCUUUCCAUCACCCCGCCCCAUUCUCCCUCCUUCCAUCACCCCGACCCAUUCUCCCACUUUCCAAAACCCCGCCCCAUUCUCCCUCCUUCCAUCACCUCUGCCCAUUCUCCCUCCUUCCAUCACCCCGCCCCAUUUUCCCGCUUUCCAUCACCCCGCCCCAUUCUCCCUCUUUCCAUCACCCAGACCCAUUCUCCCACUUUCCAAAACCCCAGCCCCAUUCUCCCACUUUCCAUCACCCCGCUCCAUUCUCCCUCCUUCCAUCAACCCUUGCAAGAACAAGGGCCUAG